CACAUAAAACUGAAGCCAAUACAAAAACAAUGAAGGCAUUUCCUUCUGUCCUUGUUGCUCUCCUCCUCCUCAGUCUAUUCUCAGUUGAUGCCACUCUUGAAGAAACAUGCAAGGAAUUAGCCAAACCAGAGCAUGAAAUUAACUUCGACUUCUGUAUGACGACCCUUCAAGUUGUUCCAGGAAGCGAUAAAGCUGACGAUCUAGGUCUUACCAUUAUAGCAGCGAACUUAACCUACAUCAACUUCACGCACAACCAAGCUAAGGCCGAGGAGCUGAUAAACGACAAGAACGUGUCCGAGGAGGACAAAAAGAGUCUUGCUGUCUGUCACGAACUCUACGACCUGGGCGCUUACACGCUACUUCACUAUGUCAUUAAGGAUCUCGGGUCUCCGCCUAUCGAUUUUGAUAAGUUGAAGGUCGAUUUGAGUGGUGUAUGGGACGAUGCUAGCACGUGCAACGAUACUUGGAAUGAGGGGAAGCAGAAGUCUCUAAUGGCUAAAGAAGACGACGAUGCUUAUAAAAUUAGCAACCUCGCACUCUCUGUUUCUACUUUGAUUCAUCACUGACUGCUUGGUUAAUUUAUUUGAAGGCUAAUGGUGUCGAUUUGGUGAGAAAGCUGACAUUUUGUCAGAAAUAAUUACAGGAAAAAAAAAGAA